CCAUGCGACGGUAUAGUCAACCACAGCGCGCCUUCGGACGCGGACGUUUGUGCAUGCACGCGGUUCGCACGCGUCUUGAUAUCCCACUACGAUAAACACGUAAAUAAACAUUACCAACCUUAAUCGGGCCAAAUAAAAACAAAACAACAUCGCCGUCUAAAAUUCUAAAUUAAGAACAGUGUUCUGUUUUCAAAUAUUUAUUAAAGACGCGGAAAGUUCAGUUUUUUUGUUAGUGCAAAAAAGUGAUUUACUUACUUUUCCAUGUGGCCAGUACUCUGAUUGAAAAGUCAGUCUCAGGACAGUGCAAGAUGAGCUGAGCAUUGAAAAAAAAAACAGCAAAUAUGACUGAUACACGAACCUACCAAGCACCAGAAGUUGAUCAACUGUUACUAAGUCUGUGGCGGGAUUCAGUGAUAAUACCCAUAAAUAAAACCGACAUUCAGUAGCCGUAUUUUGUUGUGUGUGAAUGUGAUAUCUGCAAGCAUCAUGCUGUUUCGAGGACCACUUCUGCUGUUGCCCGCGAUCUUGGCCACCGCACAACUGCAGGAUACGCUGACAAAUGCACAAGCGUCGAGCACUGAAGUCGGGCGACCGAUGGCGCGAACGACGGUUGCGUUACGGAACGCCACGAUAUAUGCGUGGAGUGCUUGGGGUUCUUGGAGUGCUUGCUCAAGAAGUUGCGGUGGCGGAGUGGCGGUACAAGAGCGGCAGUGCCUACCAAGAGAUGCCGCAAAAAUGCGCCGGAGUAGAAAGAGAAGGAAACUAGUGCGUAGUACAGACCGCGUGAGGCGAGCCAGGAGCGCUGCUCUGGUGCAAGCCUCGGACCCUGACUGCCCGGGACUGGCACGCCGGUACCACGAGUGUAAUACAGCUCCUUGCCCGGGCCCACCCAGGGACCCUCGGGAAGACCAGUGUGCGGUGUAUGACCGGAGGCCCUUUCGAGGAAGGUUCUACACUUGGGUGCCUUAUGUUGAUGGUGACGCACCUUGCACCCUGAACUGCCGGCCUCGCGGUCAGCAGUUUUACGCUUCAUUAGCACUAGUCGCCGAUGGAACUCCUUGCACUAAGCCGGGAUUCCGAGCCAUCUGUGUGCAGGGCUCUUGCAAGGUGGUGGGUCGUGAAGGAGUUCUGGCGUCGGCGGCCACACGAGAGCUGCGAUGCGGGCGGAGACUGGUGUCAGGCUUGUUCUCGAGACCUCGGCUGCCCCUCGGCUAUUCGCACGUGGCGACAGUGCCUCGAGGCGCGUGCCGUCUCAAUGUCUCAGAAAUCGUGACAAGCGACAACUACAUUGCAUUAAAGGUUACGAAUGGCUCGUACAUAAUGAACGGCGAAUUUGCUGUAAGCGCUCCCGGGACGUACGAUGCAGCCGGCGCCCGCUUUACCUACACGCGCAACGCGGGACUUGACAACGUCUACGCACUUGGACCCAUACAACAUCCCAUCGAUAUAAUGAUACUGUAUACGCAACCGAAUCCGAAUAUAAAAUACGAGUUCCUAACUGACACAGAUCUGGAGGAAAGUAACGACAUACCUACUAGCAAUCAGCCCCAGCACACAAUGACGAGGCAUCAUCGGCACCAUAGCUCAGAAUUGCACAAAAAGGAUCUUCAGUAUCCAAAAACGAACCCUUCACCACCGAAGCACCCAGAUUUCAAAACAUUGGAGAGCCAAUCGCAGAUCGAAAGCAAUGUAAUCGGGGAGAGGAAGUUUGUGUGGAAGAUAUUAUCGUUCUCGCAGUGCUCUAGGAGUUGCGGUGGUGGGCUUCAGAUAGGGAAGUUCAAGUGUGUGGAGGUCUCCGGAAAGGAAGAUAAGGAAGUGUCCUCAGCUUAUUGUACGGGAGCGCCCCCUCCGACACGGCGGCGGAGGUGUGGAGGAGCCCCGUGUCCUCCUCGGUGGAGGGCGGCGGCUUGGGGUCCGUGUCCUGUCUGUGGACCUGCCCAGAGGACCAGGAUUGUUGGCUGUGUCCAAGAUCACGCUAGAGGCAUCACUAAGAUAAGCGAUCAAAAGUGCCCACUUCCGAUGCCUGCCAGCAGUGAACCUUGCAACAUUCCCAAUUGCGACGGCUCCACUGUAGCGGCAGACUCUCCAAGGCUCGAUACCAGGCGGCAAGUGCGACCCAAGGAUCGGACGGACGCGUUCCACGACGGACCUGUUAUAUCGCUGGCUAACAACGUAACGGACAACGAGCUGGUACCGGCUAUAUCACCGAAUUAUAGCUACAACGCUGCUGGUGGAUGGUUGUACACCGAAUGGUCAGAGUGCGUUGGCUGGUGCGUCGGUGGUGGAAUACAGUCGCGUGGGGUUCGUUGCGCGGAGCCAACUGGAUGCAACUCCCGCGCGCCUAUAUCCACGCAGACUUGCGCGCCGAGGAAACAGUGUGAAGCGCAAUGGUUCACCAGUGAAUGGUCACCUUGCUCAGCAUCUUGCGACGGCAGACAAGUGCGUGGCGUCUUAUGUGUAGGCGGCAACGGGAGAAGGCUAAGGGACAACUCGUGUCGGCUGCCGAAGCCAGAAGCAGAAAGAUCUUGUGGCGGCACUUGCGCUCCGACGUGGUACAUGAGCGAUUGGAGUCAGUGCUCUGGACCGUGCGAGGCCGGCGUUCAGUCAAGGACAGUGUGGUGCGCGCGGGGCGGUGCAGCAGGCGCGGGGGGAGCUGCACGCGACGCUGAGUGCGCCGGCGUGAGGCCGCCCGCCAAGCGGAACUGCGUGCCUCGCCGGUGCUCCACAACGCCGGUGCUGAGGCCCGCGCCCGACCACACGCCCCCCGUAUCCGAUCCACAGCAACGGGUCACGAGACACCAAAGUCAUAACACUAUUAACAACAGAGAAAGAACUCCAAACGGCUCUUGUGUGGACAAGUUAAAUAACUGCGUAUUGGCGGUUCAAGCGAGACUGUGUCACUACGCGUAUUAUGCCGAGUAUUGCUGUCGCGCCUGCCAUGGGAGGGCAUAAGAUAGUUGCUACACCGCUCGGGCGAUGGACCACGUAUUGUGAAUUUGUGAUACAAAAUAUGGACCCAUAGUGAGAAUACGUAAUCUACAAGAGAAUGAUACAACGCCCGCUCAGUGUCUAUAACGGUUAAAAUUGUGAAACGUAAUAUGAUAAAGACGUCGCUAAAAACGCGGAAGAAACUUUAUAAAUGAAAGAAGCGUACAGAAGAAUACUGCGCGCAUAAGAAUGACAUAUUUUGUUUCACAUAGACCCAUUCUCGCGCUUUGGGCGCCUGUCAUACUAAGUAAUAUAGUAUAGCGCCAAGAUAAGUCCCUUAUUAGUACUUAAAUAAUGUAACUUUUGUCAACUAUAAUUUUCUGUUCAUGUUAAAACUUUAAAUUGAAUUUACAGACUAUGAUUUAAAUCUUUAGAAUCUGCGACCAUUAUAAUUAUUAAAUCAAAUUAUUUAAGCUAGAAUGUGUACUGCGUGAUGUAAGAUUAUAGUGAAAUAGGUACAAUAACGAUUUUAUUUCGAUACAAAACUAUGAAUAAAUAUAACUUCACUAUUCCAAUUGGCAAAUUUAUUGGUAAUUAUAAUAUUAAUGUAUGAUAAAUAAUGACUUAAACAUUAUCAAGUGACAUAUGAUGAUGACUUCAUCAUUAUCAUACAUUUCGUCUGCACAUUACCUUUUUCUGAAUAAUAACUAUAUCAGUAUUAUUUAUAUAAUAAUCUCUUCUACUUUGAAAAUCUCGUCAGAGAAUUAUUUUUAUGGGAAAUUAUAGAAUUCGCAUUAGAAAUUAUAGCAUCAUCUUUAAAUGAGAAAGAAAGGGUACUUACAAUUUUAAGCAAAUAAAAAUAAAUAUGUAUUUUAAUGCAAAGAUUGAUCAUAAAACUUAAAAUUACACAGAAUAUAUAAUUUAUCUAAGAUUUUUACCUAGAAAAGUCUUUAUAGAUACAUACGAACUUACCUAUCUUAAAUUUUGGUUGAGGAUUAUAUUGGUAAGGGAAAACCAUUACUCACCGUACCUUCGAUAUUUAUUCUAUACGAUUUUGUACCUUGGAUAUUUAUUCUCUAUCUAUAUGAGUUUAUAAACAGGGACACCGCAUAGAAAUUCAAUAUGAAAAAUUGUUAUAAACCAAGGCAAACUUCAUAAGCAACAACCAUGGGCCUGCGCAGUAGCAAUUUUAAAUACAAAAACGUCUACUGCGUAAGUUUAUUUAUCUUUGGAUUUUCACAAGAGGCUACUCGUACCUACCUACUUCGUGCGAUGUACCUACGCCAAUAGUUAAAAUCGUAGGUUUCAAUUCAAGAAGACAACAUUAACGUUUAUUCUAAACUAUUAUGUAUGUAAUUUUAUAUCAAACCUCUUUUGUGUCUUCGAUGUUAAGAUUUAAUAGAGUAAACAUUUUAUCAAGCGGAAAAAAAGAUAGUAUUCAAAGUCCUAGAUUAUUCUUAUCUGCUAUUAUUUUAAUCGAAUUUCCUGUAAAAUAAAAUCAAAUGUUGUGGCAAUUGAUCGGUGCGUUGUAUUAUACGAAAAAAACGUGUUUUUGUAGUGUUUUAGGUAUUAGUAAUGUGAUCUCCCGACGUCAGUCGAGUUGAGUCGAUCUGUGGAUUAGCAAUAGGCAAACUUUUAAUAUAAAGAGUAUCUACACCUAAAUACCUAUGUAUACCGAUUGCACCAAUAAUGUUUGGCACUGUAUUGUACUCUACCCGUUUGAUUCGAGUUAGCUGUCAAUGACCGUUACAAAAUGUGUCACAGGCCAAUCACAGGCAGGCACAUCAACCGGUACCGUCGUCCAAUAGGGUCGCUUCAUAAAGUCUGUCCAGAAGCCCGGUGCGAUGAAGCAGGGAGGGUGGGGGUGGCCAACUCGAACCUAACGCAUAGUACAUGCCGUAUGGACUAACAAUCUUUUAUAUGGGCUCACCAAAUAUACACAGUACAAUUUGAAGAAUACUUAAGGAAAAAAACUUUAAUACAGGGUUAUGUAGACGCCAAAAUAGUUAUAAAGAAAUCGUUUAUUAAAUUAUAACAAUUUCUGAGAAUAGGACGUGCCAUAUUAUGUGCAAAAAAUAUCUGCACCAAUCUGAGAGAGUUUUUUCGUAAUUUCAAUUUCGUCCAUUGCAAUAGAUGGAAAUCGGACAUUCAAGUAACUAACUAUGUCAUAAAUAAUACUUUUAAAAGAAAAAAACAGAGUUCUUACUACGAGCGCUUACCUAAAACUUUUUUUACCCAACUUCUAAUUUCUUACGAUCAAAAUGCUACUUUAAUAAAAAGAAUAUCACUUGGUAUUCCAAAAUUAAGAAAUAAGGUUCAAACAAUAUUGUUAUUAGUGCUUGUGGUAAGGCCGUGGUUGGUGAAGAUGUCACAUCACGACCAAUUGUAAAUAAAGCGAUUAAUUAAUAACUUGACACGUAACUUGUAGUUUAAUCCUGUAACAUGAAAACCAAUUGCAUUGAAAUUGGACAGUUAUCAAAAUAUGAUUACUUUUCAAGUCAAAGAGCAACACGGAAGGGAGUAGCCAUAGCGACAUAAUAUUAUUCAAAUCAUUUUGGUUUUUUUUUGCGGGGGGGGGAAUAUGCACGCAAAUGCAGUUUAACGUACACGCGUAUAAAGCAAAACUGUAAUUACGGUACUCACACAUAAACAAUGACACAAUAUAUCUUCAAAUACUGCACACAUGUAUCUUUGUAUGCCCAACUAGACAGAGGUGAAAGCUGUGUAUGCCUAGUCCGCUCCUGCGCGUGUCGGCCGUGUUGCUCUAUGAUUUAGUUCAUUGUUUUCUAUUUCAAAAAGUUCGCCAUCUAUUCUUUGUGCAGAAACAAUAGUAAUAGGUAUACAACGGUCAAAGUUUUCCAACUCUUGUGCUGUAUUAAAAGCUUUGUACGUAAGGUACUGAAUUAAUUACUCUUCACAUUUUGAAUUAUAAAUAAAUUGUCAAAAUAGGCUAAGCACACAGUUGAUAAGACAUAAUAGCGUAAAAUAGUUUUUUUUUCUCCCAUCAAAAUACACUUUGAAUAUUUUCUAAUAGGCUAUAAUUAUAAAUGUAAGAACGAAUAGUAUUCUCUACAUAAUAAUUUAAACAACAAUGUUAAUUGAGUUCAAAAAGUCAUUUGAUCUUGACAAUAAAUCUAAAAAUAACAAAAAAAAUGUUCAAAUAACUUUUUGAACAGUAUCAUAGUAUCUAUGACAAAUGUUGAUUAAUAUAAUUUAUUUUGCCGAUAAUAUCAAAGAGUAUAAAUUAGGCGUAGAAACAAAUUGUAAAUAAUUAAUUUUAUAUAUAUUAUGUAUAGUGCAUUUACUUACUGGCUGUUAAGUAUUUAUAUGAGUUAGGUAGAUCAUUGAACCAUCACAACAAUUAGAUUUAGUAAUUAGAAUCACUGCAGUCCACUUUAUUGUAUUACUCUGUGUACUAAUGACGCGUAUAACAUUGUACAAAAAUAAUAAGCUUUAAAACAC